UUUCGAUUCGCUGUCAAUUUGGAGGGCAGCUGGUUUUGCAGAAAUUGGAAAAUUUUGUCAUUGGGGGGCUUUAUCUUUAUCUUUUUUCUUUUUGCAAUUCGAAUUUCACAAAUUCAAUUUUUUCACACUUCAAACUUCACAAUGCCGUACACCAUCGAGAAAGUCAAGGAGCUGGUCCGCGAGUACCCCGACUUCCCCAGCGAAGGCAUUCUGUUUCGCGACAUCUUCCCUAUCUUCCACCACCCCGAGGCCGUCGAGUGCCUUAUCAACCACUUUGUUGAGCUCAUCAAGGCCCUGAACAAGCAGGUGGAUGUUAUCGUUGGCCUGGACGCCCGCGGGUUCCUUUUCGGCCCCCUGAUUGCCAUCAAGCUCGGCGUCUCCUUUGUCCCUGUGCGCAAGCGCGGAAAGCUGCCCGGACAGCUUGUCAGCGUCACGUACAUGAAGGAGUACGGACCCGAUGUGUUUGAGAUGCAGGCCGAUGGCAUCAAGGCCGGCCAGAACGUUGUCAUUGUCGACGAUCUGCUGGCUACCGGUGGUAGCUGCAAGGCCGCAGAGGACCUGGUUGCUCAGAUGAAGGGCAACGUCAUCCUUAACACCUUUGUUAUCAGCCUAGUUGGUCUGGAGGGUGACAAGAAGCUCAAGGCCCCGGUCUACGCUCUCAUCAAGUGCUGAUACCACCCGUUCGCACAGGGCUGAGAUACAGAAAGAAAAACCCAUACUGGAUAUUAAAAAUAAUCCUAAGGUUUCGAAACGAGAGAUGCAUAGCGUUUUGUAUGUUUAAUUUUUGC